AUGGAAAAUUUGUCAUCCAAAUCUUAUGAACGCGCUUCAGAGGAGUUACUACGAUUUCGUGGGAUUGGACGAAAAGUUGCUGACUGCAUAUGUUUGAUGGGACUACAUAUGCAUUCUGUUGUGCCAGUUGACACACAUAUAUUGCAAAUUACCAUAGAAAAUUAUCUUCCAAAUCUUACAGUAGAGAAAUAUUCUCAGAAGUACCGAAAAAAGAUCACGACUGUAUGGCAGAAAAAAUUUGGUCCAUUUGCUGGUUGGGCACAAGCAGUAUUGUUCACAGCGCACCUUCGGCGCAUGGGAGUUCGGCCCUUACCAAAGAAAAAAUCCAACAAAGGAAAGAAAGAAUAA